AGUGAUGGUGGGAACGAAAAUCCGAGACGACAUAUCGAUUUCGUCCUGUGCACCGCACGACGAUUGACACAGUAUCACGCCCGCUCACCGCUGAAACAUCAACCGGUCCACGGCAGUUUGCAUAAUAUAACACAACAUGGUCACCGCCGCCACGUCGAGUUACCGCGGUCGUCGUCCGGCCGCGGAGAUCUUGAUGGCUAUAUUCAUGCUGGUGCUGGGGCUGUUGUCGCUACUUGAGCCGACGGUCGAUUGUCGACGAGCCGUCAAACACAGACACCACUGGAAAGCGAACUUGAUCAAAAACUAUUUGAAAAAUCACAAGAGCCUCGAGGGAAUGGUGAGACUAGUUGACGGCGAAACCGAGUACGAAGGUAACGUGGAGAUCAUGCACCUGGGUAAAUGGGGAGCCAUCUGCGAUGACGAAUGGGAUGCGCGAGAAGGCCAAGUAGUGUGCAGACAACUCGGUUAUAAUGGGACUUCGAGGGUCACGCAUAAUUCGCACUUCGGUCAAACUGCCAGAAAGUAUUGGUUAGACAAUACUCAGUGUGGCGGUCAAGAGAUGGAAAUUUCUGAGUGCCGGUUCGAUAGUUGGGGCGAGAAUGAUUGUGACCCAUCCGAGGCAGCUGGCGUAGUGUGUGGUUCUCCGGAACCAGAAAAGCCCAAAUACUCUAUGCCUGCAGUGACGGUUUCGGCAAAAAAAGUCAUCCGGAAGUACAGGAUCAAAGACACUUCGGGAUCGGACAUUGAAUUGCGAUUGGCUGGAGGCAGGACAUCGGAAGAAGGCAGAGUUGAAGCAAAGACUAACGAUGGUUGGGGUGUGAUAUGUGGUGAUGGGUUCGGAGUGCUUGAAGCGUUGGUCGUGUGCCGUUCCAUCGGGCUUGGGUAUGCAGCAGCCGCUUUCCAGACAGACAAGUUUGGAGGGUUGGAUCUUCCUGUCGUGUUGUCGACAGUGGAAUGUGCCGGAAACGAGUCGUCGCUUGCUGGUUGCUAUCAUCAGCACAAGGCCACGUGUUCGACCAGGAAGGAGACGGUAGCUGCAGUCGUGUGUGCCCGAGAGAUGGCAGAUUUGGCGGUGAACGUCGACGAACUGAUCAGAUCGGCAUACUUGGAGGACAGGCAGAUGUACUUCUUGCAGUGCGCCAUGGAGGAAAAUUGUCUGGCGUCGUCCGCGUACGAGCUCCGACGGGAUGAGAUCGAUUGGCACCUGAUCACCCGUCGGCUGCUGCGGUUCACCGCGAAAAUCACAAACGUCGGCACAGCUCCGUUCCGACCGGCAGUGCCCAAACAUCUGUGGCAGUUCCAUCAGUGUCACAUGCAUUACCAUAGCAUGGAAGUGUUUGCCACUUUUGACGUGCUAGACGGGGGUGGCAUGAAGGUUGCUGAGGGACACAAGGCGUCAUUUUGUCUGGAAGAUAAUCAGUGCACGGACGGAGCUAAGCCGGCCUUUGCGUGCGCUGAUUAUGGUGACCAAGGAAUAUCGGUCAACUGUUCGGACAUUUACCGACACAACAUCGACUGUCAGUGGGUGGACGUGACUGACCUAAACCCAGGGCUGUAUACACUAAAAGUGUCUGUUAACCCAGAGCACAAAAUCCCGGAGAUGACGUAUGCCAACAACGCGGCGGUAUGCUCAAUGUUCUAUUCCGAGACUUUCGUGAAGAUCCACGACUGCGUCCUGCAAAAUCCGUAACGAACCGAAGUUUCGUCAACACCACCGUUCACAUCGGUUAAAGUUUAUAUUAUAAAUCCUUAUCAGAGUGCAUUCGAGUAAAACAAUACACCUACUCGUAUUUACACAAUAUUAUAAGCGUAUUACGAAUAUAAUAACGAUGCACCGUACCACGAAAAUGGGGCCAAAUUUCUUAUACAAUAAUAAUUGUACAUAGCACUUGUGUUCGUAAUCAAUAAUUAUUUAAUUUUGAAUUUUCCGCAAUUGCCUACAAGCUUGCACAUCUAGUCGUUUGUAUACAUGCGUCGACUUUAUACAUGACAUAUAUUAUUAAUAACAUGAUUUGAUGUUUUUUAACAAAUCACACAAUAUAUUAUGCGAAUAAUUGCUUACGUAUAGUUUAAAUAACUCAAUCAUUUUUUUUUUUUUUUUUUUUUGUCGAGUUUUGAUAUUUCAUAUUAUCUCAACCAUAUGAUAGAAACGAGCACUUUGUAAUGUUAUAGUUACCCAGUUACCCAUACCGUAAACAUUAAUAUUGUAAGUUUUCAAUUUAAUAAAGUUAAUUAAAAAAAAAAUUGAUUUAAAA